CCGGUGCCAGGGCCGCGGAGAAAGGAAGUUCCGGGACCCUCCCAGCUCCCGUGCCCACCUCCGCUUCCUGCCUCCCGCCUCACCUGGGCCCCCGAGCCUGGCCUCCCCCGAACUGCCGGGAAUGUGACCUCCACGCGGGGCGCCCGGCCCUGCGGGCCCCGCCUGCCCUCGGGCCGUCGAGGCCUCCGGCCCUGCCCCCCACCCCGCCCCGGCCGGGCCGGGGAAGUUGGGCCGCGCGGGGCACGGGCACGGCGUGCAGGGCAGCAGCCCCCCCUGCCCUGUGCUGCCCCCCAGGCCGCUCACCAUGGCCCCGCCGCUCCUGCUGCUGCUGCUGGCCAGUGGAGCGGCCGCCUGCCCGCUGCCCUGCGUCUGCCAGAACCUGUCCGAGUCGCUCAGCACGCUCUGCGCGCACCGGGGCCUGCUGUUCGUGCCGCCCAACGUGGACCGGCGCACGGUGGAGCUGCGGCUGGCGGACAACUUCAUCCAGGCCCUGGGGCCGCCCGACUUCCGCAACAUGACGGGGCUGGUGGACCUGACGCUGUCCCGCAACGCCAUCACCCGCAUCGGCGCCCGCGCCUUCGGGGACCUGGAGAGCCUGCGCUCCCUGCACCUGGACGGCAACCGGCUGGCGGAGCUGGGCCCCGGCAGCCUGCGCGGCCCCGUCAACCUGCAGCACCUCAUCCUCAGCGGCAACCAGCUGGGUCGCAUCGCGCCCGGCGCCUUCGACGACUUCCUGGACAGCCUGGAGGACCUGGACCUGUCCUACAACAACCUGCGGCAGGUGCCCUGGGCGGGCAUCGGGGCCAUGCCCGUGCUGCACACCCUCAACCUCGACCACAACCUCAUCGACGCGCUGCCCCCGGGCGCCUUCGCCCAGCUCGGCCAGCUCUCCCGCCUCGACCUCACCUCCAACCGCCUGGCCACGCUGGCCCCCGAGCCGCUCUUCUCUCGGGGGCGCGACGCAGAGGCCUCGCCCGCCCCCCUGGUGCUGAGCUUCAGCGGGAACCCCCUGCACUGCAACUGCGAGCUGCUGUGGCUGCGGCGGCUGGCACGGCCCGACGACCUGGAGACCUGCGCCUCCCCGCCCGGCCUGGCCGGCCGCUACUUCUGGGCCGUGCCCGAGGGCGAGUUCUCCUGCGAGCCGCCCCUCAUCGCCCGCCACACGCAGCGCCUCUGGGUGCUGGAGGGCCAGCGGGCCACGCUGCGGUGCCGGGCCCUGGGCGACCCUGCGCCCACCAUGCACUGGGUCGGCCCCGACGACCGGCUGGUGGGCAACUCCUCCCGCGCCCGGGCUUUCCCCAACGGGACCCUUGAGAUUGGGGUGACGGGAUCCGGGGACGCGGGGGGCUACACCUGCAUUGCCACCAACCCAGCCGGCGAGGCCACCGCCCGAGUGGAGCUGCGGGUCCUGGCCCUGCCCCACGGCGGGAACGGCAGCGCCGAGGGCGGCCGCCCCGGGCCCUCGGACAUUGCAGCCUCGGCCCGCACCGCCGCCGAGGGCGAGGGGACGCUGGAGUCGGAGCCCGCCGUGCAGGUGACGGAGGUCACCGCCACCUCGGGGCUGGUGAGCUGGGGCCCGGGGCGGCCGGCGGAGCCGGUGUGGAUGUUCCAAAUCCAGUACAACAGCAGCGAGGACGAGACCCUCAUCUACAGGAUCGUCCCGGCCUCCAGCCACCACUUCCUGCUGAAGCACCUGGUCCCGGGGGCCGACUACGACCUCUGCCUGCUGGCCUUGUCGCCCGCCGCGGGGCCUUCCGACCUCACGGCCACGCGGCUGCUGGGCUGUGCCCACUUCUCCACGCUGCCGGCCACGCCCCUGUGCCACGCCCUGCAGGCCCACGUGCUGGGCGGGACCCUGACGGUGGCCGUGGGGGGCGUGCUGGUGGCUGCCUUACUGGUCUUCACCGUGGCCUUGCUGGUUCGGGGCCGGGGGGCUGGGAACGGCCGCCUCCCCCUCAAGCUCAGCCACGUCCAGUCUCAGACCAACGGCGGCCCCAGCCCCACCCCCAAGACCCACCCGCCGCGGAGCCCCCCGCCGCGCCCCCAGCGCAGCUGCUCCUUGGACCUGGGCGACGCCGGCGGGUGCUACGGUUACGCCAGGCGCAUCGGAGGGGUCUGGGCCCGGCGGAGCCACUCUGUGCACGGGGGGCUGCUCGGGGCAGGGUGCCGGGGGGUGGGGGGCAGCGCGGAGCGGCUGGAGGAGAGUGUGGUGUGAAGGGACGAGCCGGCCCGGGGUGGGGUGGGGGGGCCUCGGCCCGUGCGCCAGGACUGCCUGGGAGCCUCUCCGGGCUUUACCCCCGGUACCUCAGGCCCCUCCGUGCCGGGCAGGACAGGGGCCCUUCCCCAGUCUGGCCUCGGGGUGUGCGGGGCCGCCCUCCGACAGGUGCUCCCGGCUACUGAGGGGGGGCUGCAGCCACCGAGCGGGAGUCUUGUUUUUCUUUAUAAUAAAAGCUGGGG